AAAUGCGGAGUCUGACACCUGGAGGGUGUUUAUUCCAGUGUGGAUCACCAACCUUCAGAUUCCUCUUAAGAGACCUCUGUCUCCUGAGCUAAUGCAGAAACUUUGCGGUGAUGGUCAGAAUUUGGUUACAGAAGAUGUGACGGUAGUGGAGGGAGAUGUUGCCACCAUCAGCUGUAGAGUCAAAAACAGCGAUGACUCAGUGAUUCAGCUCCUGAAUCCCAACAGACAAACGAUUUAUUUCAGAGAUUUCAGACCGCUGAAGGACAGCAGGUUUCAGCUGGUGAAUUUCUCCAACAGCGAACUCAGAGUGUCACUGACAAACGUCUCUAUUUCUGAUGAAGGAAGGUACUUCUGCCAGCUCUACACCGAUCCCCCGCAGGAAAUUUAUACCACUAUUACAGUGCUUGUACCACCACGCAAUUUGGUAAUUGAUAUCCAAAAAGAAAUUGCUGUUGAGGGAGAAGAGAUUGAGCUGAACUGCACUGCCAUGGCCAGCAGACCAGCCACCACAAUCAGAUGGUUCAAAGGAAACAAGGAGCUAACUGGCAAGUCUGAAGUGGAGCAGUGGUCUGAUAUGUACACAGUGACCAGCCAGCUUUUGCUGAAAGUGGGACGGGAGGACGACGGGGUCCCAGUCAUCUGUUUGGUGGAUCACCCUGCUGUCAAAGACUUGCAGACACAACGUUACCUAGAAGUCAUGUAUAAGCCUCAAGUGCGGGUUUCUCAGAAUUACCCAGUGCAAGGCCUCACGAGAGAAGGGGAGCCACUCGAACUGACGUGUGCAGCUUUUGGAAAACCACAGCCUACGGACAUGAGGUGGUUAAGAGUAGAUGAUGAGAUGCCUCAACACGUUGUAGUGUCUGGUUCAAACCUUCUCAUUAGUAACCUAAACAAAACAGAUAAUGGUACAUACCGCUGUGAGGCUUCAAACGCGGUGGGGAAAUCACAUGCGGAUUACAUGCUGUUUGUAUACGAUCCCCCCACAACUAUCCCUCCUCCCACAACAACCACCACCACUACCACCACCAUCCCUACCACCAUCACAGACACAACGGCGACGACAGAACCAGCAGUUCACGGCUUUACUCAGUUGCCAAAUUCCGCAGAGGAGCUGGACUAUGGGGAUCUCUCAGGUACUCGUGUCCUGCUAAAUGCUUCAACGGAGGCUCUGCCAACUGUACAAUUAAGUAAUGCGUCUGUUGCCUUGCAUCCAGAUUCUCGUGCAGGUGAGGAGGGGUCAAUAAGGAGCGUGGACCAUGCAGUCGUCGGUGGUGUUGUGGCCGUGGUCGUAUUUGCCAUGCUUUGCCUGCUCAUCAUUUUAGGGCGAUAUUUUGCAAGGCAUAAAGGUACAUACUUCACUCAUGAAGCCAAAGGAGCAGACGAUGCAGCCGACGCAGACACAGCUAUCAUCAAUGCAGAAGGAGGACAAAACAACUCUGAAGAAAAGAAAGAGUACUUCAUCUAGAGCAGCCUUGGUUUCAAUGAGGUGUCCAACCGUGGACGGUUACUGGCCCUAUUUAAACGCUAAAGAGACAGUGAUAUUGGAAGUUGCAACCAGCUUGUGUCUUUUUUUUUAAAGAAAAACGCAAAUGGGUGGAGAGUUGUGAGACUGGGAGGGUCCGGGAUUUGCUGUGUAAAAAUAUUCUUCUUAAAGUACACUCUGCUGUUUGACACCUCAAUUUGUUUGGGUUUUAUUUUUUUGGCCAAGUCCAGCUUGGAUUUAGUUUAGUGAAGUCAUUUGCAGAAGAUUCUGUGCCUUGUUUUAUUUCUGUUUGUUUGGGUUGGGGGGAGGCUGGGAAGAAGAGGGGCUUCUGUGCGUUAGUUCCCUUCGGAUUUCUGUGGUUCUUUGUUUCCCCUUUUGUCCUCUGUUUCUGGAGUUGCCUGCUGGGACCCCUUGGAAUAGGUUGGUUUCUUUUUAAGGUAUUUUUCUUUCUUUUUAUCUUCACUGUUUUCUGUUUGGAACUCGGUCUCAUCGGAGGAGAACCAGCACAUUUUAGAUCUCAUAGUUUGCAAUUCAGUGUACCCAUAUUCCAUUUUCUCUAUUGUCGUAAAGGCUUGGAUAAACAAACAAUGAGAACCUGUUUGUGGCUGCCCAUGUUUCAAAUGCUUUAGAUGGUGGAGACUAGAAAAUAGCCUGCAACCCAGAAAACGCGCUGCCCGGCUGUGGAGCAGCGUGAUACGGGGGUCCGCGUGCCCGAUGUGUCGCGGCGUGACCCCAAGCUGUGUGCCCGUGCCCCACUCCCAGCCAGGGCUCCUCCUGCCCAGGUGUCUCCAGGGUGGCAGGAUCUGGCCCGCGGAGGGGCAGAGGUGGGAUUUCUGCUCCGAUUGGUUUUGUUGCAAACCGUUCUGUCACGCUGUCCCGAUUGGCCUGACUUCUCCCUAAUUUGCUAGAAAAGGAAGAGCCCCCCUGGGGAGCAGAAGGCUGCAAACGAGCAAGUUUCUGUGUUCUUUUCCCCUCUGUUUGCGCUGUGCCAGGGAAGGCAGCGGGGACCGGUGCUCAGGCGUGCGUUUGGCCUCCAGGAGCUGCGAGCUCCCGGCCCCCAGCCUGGUCCGGGUGCAGGCGGCCAGGGCCGGGCUGUGCUGGCCGAUGCCCGGCUGCCUCCCACCCCUGCUCCUGCCUCAAAGCUGCCAGCCACGCGCCCCUGUCCCUGUCCCUGCACGGCAGCAGCCGUGAGGCACAGCGACUGAAAACGCCUCACCUUCCGCAUGUGUUAGAUCCGAAACCUGGAGCAACUGGACAGGUACAACUGCCUUUUUUAUCAGAUAAGUAAAACGUGGGAAUUUGCAUUAAAAUUAGUGUGCUAACUGACUUAUAAAGCCAUAGGUAAAAAAGAAGAAUUUAGGUAAAUUAGAAUUGUGACAGAUAGCAAAUCACAAUGAGAAGACGGUUUUAAAAUUAUAUAUGCUGACUUGUUUUUGGUGAGUAAUCUUGGAUUUUGAGAGAUACUUUUUUUUACUGUGUUUAUGUGGAACAUGUAUGCUGAUUUAUUUAAGGGAAACAUUAAUCUUAGCAUCAACUUUUUUUUAGGUGUUUGGGAGGAUCAUUUUUGUGUGUGUUUUUAAUUGUUUUUGGCAGAACCAUUACGACACAGGAGUCUGUUGGGAAUGGGACGGCAUGAAAGCAGACAAGCCCAUUCUCAAGCAGUAGUCUGUCUUUCCCCUUUAUACGAGAAAAAGAAACACAGGAAUAGCUUUUUUUCUGAGCAAAUUUUGUGGAGCGCAGCUCUUUUCUGAGCCUUCAGCACCAUUGCCAAAUCACACCAUGGUGAGAAGCAUUCAGCAUGUUAGAGUUCGGGGGGGCUUUUUUACUCAUUGAUCACAGAAUUGGCAUCCUGUUUUUGAACAGCCCAUCUUUGUUUUGAAAGUGUACAGUAGUGCAGUGUUACCGAUGUAACUUUGACUUAAAAUGUUGACAUGUCUCAGGUUCAUGUGUUUUGAUUGGUGUUUUCCGUCUCAGGUAGAUUGCAAAAUUUCGGCCCCACACAUUGGAAAAAAGAGUAAAAAAACAGGAAAUUAAGAAUUUUAGUUGUAUAUUGGUUUAUGUAUUUUUUCUUCAGUAUACAGUGCACUGUUUGAAAUGUAUUGUUGAGUAUUACUUUGUACAGCUUUAGGUCAUUAGGAUUUUUAAGUGUGGAGAAAGAACAAACUUGUUUAAAGGAGUAUUACAAAUGAAGGAUGCGUGACUGAUGCUAAACAACCUUGUUCUUUGUUCACCCAGCCUUUUUAUUUUUUCCCCUUAGGCCAGUUCUGUUUUAAGGUGUCCAUGGAAGAUGUUACAAUGUAAGAAAAUACAUAUCCAUAUGUUCCCAUUCACAUUUUGUAUUGGUUCAUGUAUACCAUUUUUACAAAGAAAAAGAAGUACUAUAAAAUAUCUGUCUUCUUAAUAAAAAAAAUUAAUGUUA